AUGGCUCACGAUGCGCGGGAGUCCAGCAGUCUAGCUUCACCAACAACGCUCAACACUUCUUCCGGCCCUUUUCUCGAUCCAGAUGCUCGCAAGGCAGGCCGACCGUGUAGUGCGACAAUCGCUUCAACCGUCAGUCUGGCACAGUCUGCUCAACCCUCGGCUUUGACGGGGUCACCUGCACAGCACUGGUUGUUUCGGCCUGCGCGAACCUUACCAGGAUGGGUCAGGUCAUUCGAUGUUCCUGACGACGACGAGCACGACCCCACUACCAGUCUGCUACCCACCGAGAUCGACGAUGCUAUUGUCGCACAGCACAACCACUCCCCCUACGACAAGUCCAAGCCCAACAGAGACGGGAAAGGAUAUGAUAUAGGCCAUCCGGACCCUAAGACAGGGCUCCGAGAGUCUCGAUGGACCCGCUUCGCUCGCUCCGUCGCAUACCCGCACGCGGAUUCAGGCGCGGAAGAGAAACGGGUAUCCUUCGAAUGGCUGAAUACUAACCUAGGUGACUAUUCGCAGCCUUGGGGAGUAAGCAGCAAUGGCUCUGACGCGGAGCUUGGCCGGGCAUCAUGGAAAGCGCGAAAACGAAGCUGUGUCAAACGAUUUCAGAUGAAUCUAUUACAGAGUCCUAUAGUACCGCUGAUAUUGCGGGCGACGGUAUGGAUCUUUUCCCUGUGCGCUUUGGCACUGGGUGGCUCUAUAAAUCAUAUGGGACAUCGGGACCGCCAGGUUCAAGGCCCGUCGGCAGUUAUGGCUAUUGUGGUUGAUGCAGUGGCGCUCGUGUACCUGGUGUACAUUACGUACGACGAAUAUACCGGCAAGCCUCUUGGUCUCCGAUCUCCAAAGGCUAAAAUGAGGCUUAUAUUGCUGGAUAUCUUUUUCAUUGUGUUUGACUCGGCUAAUCUCAGCCUUGCUUUCGCGGAACUGGGCGAUUUGCGGGGACCGUGUACCGACGCGGUCAUUAACAAUGAACUCGACGAGAGGAACAGUGCCAUAUGUCAGCGACAAACUGCACUAGCAUCUGUUCUGCUUGUUGCCCUGAUCGCCUGGCUGCUCACAUUCUGUAUAAGUGUGUUCAGGCUGGUCGAGAGGGUCACCAAGUGA